UUCCCUCUUCUCACAGCUGACAGCUGCACUCUCAAGGGCAGUUCUGGAGCUGAGCUUCCGGAUCACGUAAUACUGAAAACUAUCCGUCAUGUCCUCUAUGCGUGUGUACGUCUGGGGCACUGUCUCUGAUCUCCUCCAUUCAGCCUGCAGUGUGUUAGCUCUCAAAGGAGACACAGAGAGUUCAGGAGAGCACACGGCCCCAGGAGACGCAAGACAUGGGCAUUCCUCCUGCCCCACGGACAGCAGGGCGAUGGAGGAAGAAGAAUUUGAAAUCCUUCUCCUGGAGGAACCUGAAGAAGGCGCAUCCCAGGAUCCUUCUCCAGAUGGGUCAGGAGGGCUGCGGGGGGAUGAAGGGAUCCCACAGACGCUGAGGCUCAUCCUGGUGGGAAAAUCCGGGAGCGGGAAAAGCGCCACGGGAAACAGCAUCCUCGGGAGGAGAGUGUUCGAGUCCAAGCUCAGCGCUCGCCCGGUGACCCAGGCCUUCCAGGAGGGGCGCCGCGCGUGGGCGGGGAGGGUGCUGCAGGUCAUCGACACCCCCGACAUCUUGUCCCGCUGGGAGGCGCCGCGGGGGACCGCUCAGGGCAUUGGCAAGGCUGGCGCCCGUUCUUGGCCAGGGCCGCACGCGGUGCUCCUGGUGACUCAGCUCGGUCGCUUCACCGAGGAGGACCAGCGGGUGGCCAGGCGCCUCGAGGAGGUGUUCGGGGAGGGCAUCCUGGCCCGCACCGUCCUGGUGUUCACGUGGAAGGAAGACCUGGAUGGUGGCUCCUUGGAAAGGUACCUGCGGGAGACCGACAACCAGGCGCUGGCCAAGCUGGACGUGGUCUGCUCAAGGCGACACUGCGGCUUCAACAACAAAGGGGACGGAGCCGAGCAGGAGGCCCAGCUGAGGGAGCUCAUGCGGCACGUCGAAGGGGUCCUGUGGGAGAACGACGGCCGCGCCUACAGCCCCCCGGCUGCCCCUCACCUCUGUGCCAGCACCCCAUGAGAGCUGAGGCCUCCAGUGGCUGGGCGCCAAGGAAGGGCACAGGGACCAGGCUUGGCUGCGGGGCCUGCGCCACAUCCUGAAGGAGCCUGAGCAAGUGCGCCCAUCUGAGGUGCAGGCUUCCGUGACUUCCGGCCUGUCUUCCUAGGCCUGGAGUCCGGCUCCCAGGCCCCUCCACUUGCCCGCUCCAUCCCAGAGGUCCCUGGCCCCCGCUGUGUCCAGAGCAGCCUCUGGUCAGGUGAGAAGAGGUGGCUGGGCUCCUGAGUUCUCAGGUCGGUCAUCACACCUUCCAGAACACAGAGGGCCUCCUGCUCUGCACCCCCAGCCCAUCCUCACUUGUCUCUGGCAGUCCCUCUCAACAGAACUCUGAGAAGCCAAGCCUCCUGAGGAGGGCCUGUGCUCCCUUCUGCCGUGGAACCCCGGCAACAUCCCAGCCACUGGAGUCUUGGCUUAAAACUUGAUGCAGCAGAUCAGCAUGGAAUGUCGACCAGGCAACUCUGCAUCUUUCGGAGAGUUGUGUCCUUGCCCAUUAAGAUGGCAGACACGAUGGCUUUUAAGGCCCAGCGCCAUGUGGGGCAGGACAGUCUCUGGGCUGGGGAAGAGAAGGCAGAUAGAGGCAGGGGAGGGCCUCAAGAAGCUGCUCUUGAUUCACUUUUGAAAGAGGCCACAACCCGCAGCAAAGGAGCCCCAUGGGAAGGAGCAGAGCAGGGCAGGGGUAUCCUGGGCCCAGGUCUGCUCAGGAAAUGCGGCCUAGACCUGGCUUCAGGACACAGACCCACCCCGGAGGUCCAAGUGGACUUGGGCAGUGGAGGAGCUCUUCCCCGGGAGGCUUGGACAAGGGAGGUCACACACCUGGCACUGCACCCCAUGAUGCCCACCCUUCCGCAUGGAGAGCAGAAGAGACUUCCAGCCCCGCCUCUGCCUGACCUGCAACCCCUUCCCUUCUCCUCUGUGAGAGGGGAGAAAGCGAGGGGCAUCUGGGCCUGUAGGCGGGUUCCCCAGCCAGGUGUUUGGGGGUGUAGAAUGGAGGGAGGAAGGAAGAAAGGGAAGCUGCAAAGAAAGAAGCAGGAGACCAUGUGAACGUCCUCGGGAGCAGCCUACGGGCCUCGGAGAGUCCUGCACCUCGGGGUGUCAUCUCGUCCUCACCCAGAGGACCCCUGAGAAAGCUGGGGCAGGUCUUUAGCUAAAAGGGUCUCAAGUCAGAACAGAGACAUAUUGGAAUAUGCUUAAGGUAGCCUUUGUGCCAAACCAUUUACUAAGUAGGUGAUCCAUCUCCUGCUGAACUGAAACAGCAGUUAUCAUAUGGUAAAUUUUCAUAUUCCCUAUGAUUUCUGUGAGAAUUUUUGCCUCUUUUCUUGUCUUCCGUCUUCUCAACUCCCAUAUGAAUAAAAUAUUGACUUGAUUCCUGUGGCUUUGAUUGUAAUGUGAACUCUCCCCUCCACCCCCAAUUUCCUCCCUAGUCACCAUUUUUUUAUUUCUUUUGUUAUUUUCAGGCAUCAUUUCUUCUGUGUGAAAAUUAAAAUUACUUGUUGAAUUUUCUAAAAA